CUUCAGCACUACGUAACCCCCCACCCCCACCGCCAACUUGGAGUCCAUAGAUCAUCAGCACCCAACUCAACACGACCUUUCUUACUUUCCUAUACUCUCAAUCAGCUUCAAGGCGAUAGUAGAGAGCUACUCCUAUCGCGAAUAACAUCACUAUGACCGCCCCCGAAGUCCACCACCUCUUCCACAACCCCAUCGCCGAUCAUUCCUUCUCGGCCGAUCACUCCGUCCUCGCUGUCGCUCGGGACACUGCUGUCGAGCUCUAUGGCAAGGUUGGCGAUGCCUUUAAGCUAAAGGACGAGCUCAAGGGCCACGACAAGACGGUCACUAGUGUCGAUAUUGCUCCCAACAGUGGACGUAUCGUUACUUGCUCUCAAGAUCGCAACGCUCUGGUCUGGGAACCCUCCCCAACCGGUUAUAAGCCUACCCUGGUCCUUCUUCGAAUCAGCCGAGCCGCUACCUUCGUCCGAUGGUCUCCCUCUGAGAACAAGUUCGCCGUGGGAUCCGGUGACCGCGUCAUUGCCGUCUGCUACUUCGAAGAGGAGAACGACUGGUGGGUGUCCAAGCACCUGAAGAAGCCCAUCCGUAGCACCAUUACCAGCGUCGCUUGGCACCCCAACUCUGUUCUCCUGGCUGCUGGGUCCACUGAUGCUCACGCCAGAGUCUUCUCCGCCUUCAUCAAGGGUAUGGACUCCCGUCCUGCUCCGGGAGUCUGGGGCGAGCGACUCCCUUUCAACACCGUUUGUGGAGAGUUCUUGAACAACUCAGCUGGAUGGGUACACUCUGUCUCUUUCUCUCCCAGUGGAGACAGUCUUGCAUUCGCGGCGCAUGAUAGUAGCAUCACUGUCGUCUACCCAUCUGGCCCUGAGCAGCCCCCUCGUGCGGUUGUCACCGUCUCCACUCAGCAGCUUCCUUUCAAGAGUCUGAUCUGGACCAGCGAAGAUGAGAUUAUUGCUGCCGGUUACGACUGCGAGGCUUUCCGCUUCCAAGGUGGUGAGGCAGGCUGGCAGCUGGCUGGUGCUAUUGAGCAGAAGGGCCGUCCUGGUCUGGGCGAGCACCGUGAGGAAUCUGCUUUGAACAUGUUCAGACAGAUGGAUCUCAAGGGCAAGACUAAGGAUGACACUCAACUUAAGACUAUUCACCAAAACACCAUCAGCACCGUCAGGCCUUUCGAAACAUCUGGUGACCGCGUCACCAGGUUCAGCACAAGCGGCGUCGAUGGCAGGGUUGUGGUGUGGAGCACUUAGAUAGUUUGUAUAAACAAUAUAUACUGCUGUAGAAAGCGGGCAGAUUACAUUGUAACUUCGCAAUGGUCUAUAAACUGCAUACCUCCCACGGACAAAUCUCCACUGACUUUGGUUUAUAUUGGGACGCUUACAGUACUUUAUGUACCGUAUGUAUUCAGCAG